AUGAUAAAUAUUUUAGCAAAAAGCAGAUUAAUCUACCUUGAAUUUGAUAAUGUGGAACUACAGGGUGAUGGUCAAUGGUAUGGCAACGCAACCCAUACUCUUCUGGAAACUAUCCACAUCCGUAAAAUCUAUAUUACUAAACUUUUCAACUUUAGUCUACUAAAAGUAUUUCCUUUUGACAAUAUCCAUAAAUUAUCCAUAGUGGAGUGCAAUGUUUUUGUUGUGCAUUGCUCACUAACUCAAUUACUACAGAGGUUGGAAUACCUUGAUUUUACCAAGAACUUUCAGACCUGACCAUACAACAAGGGUUGUGUUAUGGCAGAGGCACAACCUCAUCUCAAUACUCUAAAUAUCAGUCAAAAUUUCCUGAGGUCAAUAGGAGAAAUUUCCCAGUUGGUAUUCCAGUUUAAAAAACUUACCUCUCUUGAUUUGAGCAAGAACAAUUUCAAUGACAUACCAGAAAAUUGUGGCUGGCCCCUUAAUCUUACCUUCCUCAAUUUGUCAAGUACCAAGUUGUACCAAGUGACACCAUAUUUACCGCAAAGCUUAAACAUCCUAGACCUGACUGACAAUGACUUAACAACGUUCUUCCCUUUCAGCACAUUUCCCAAUCUGAUAGAACUUAAACGAAAUAAGUUGAUAAAGCUGCCUGAGGGGAAAAUAUUUCCUCGUCUUGAAGCACUGUUUAUUCAAAGGAAUACCUUGAAUAUGUUUGCUAAAAGUGAUCUGAGCCGUUACAUGAGGUUGCAGAGCCUUGAAGCUGGGCAGAACAAUUUUGUAUGUUCCUGUGAGUUUGUUACUUUCCUCCAGUGUGAUGUUGAAAAUUUUGUCACCCUCACUGAUGCUUGUGAUUCUCCACUUACAUUUCAAGGCCAAAAAAUCAAAAGUAUUCAAAUGUCCAUCUUUGUAUGUCACAUGAUCCCUGCCAUUUCCAUUCUUUGUAUUGAAACCAUCGUAGUCUUUUUCCUUUGUGGUUUCACUUGCUAUAAGCUGUACAUCCUGUGGUACCUAAAGAUGACAUGGGCAUGGCUUCAGGCCAAACACAAAUCAGCAGUUUCCAGGAAUACAAAUGUCAUCUAUGAUGCCUUUGUGUCAUACAGUGACCAUGAUUCUGAAUGGGUGGAGGAGCUUCUAGUGCCAGAACUAGAAAAGGCUGAAUCUUCAUUUGCCCUCUGUCUACACAAGCGCAACUUUCAACCAGGACACUGGAUCUUAGAUAACAUAAUUGAUUCUAUUGAGAAAAGUCACUGCACUCUCUUUGUCCUUUCUGAGCAUUUUGUCAUGAGUGAGUGGUGUCGCUAUGAACUGGAUUUUGCGCAUUUCCAUAUUUUUGAUGAAAAUAAUGACUCAGUUGUUUUAAUUCUUCUGGAACCCAUUGACAAGAAGAGCAUCCCCAAGAGGUUCUGCAAACUUCGUAAAGUGAUGAACUCCAAGACAUACUUGGAGUGGCCCACAGAAGAAGACAUGAGGGCUGAGUUCUGGCAUAACCUCAAAGCUGCCCUAAGGAGAGACAAAUCAUGA